GGGAGAGAUUUAGAGGCGUUCCUGCAGGAGACAGGCACUCGCUUUCCCAAGUUCCCAGCCUCUGGCAGCCUCUGAUCCAAGUUUAAGGCGAGAGGCGCUCUCACACACACCACACACACACAGAGAGGCAGAGAGAGAGGGGCUGGAGGUCGGUGUGUCUGCUCAGUGCUAUGGCAGGCUACACCCCAGGGUUGACACCCGCUGCUUAUUACUACGCCGAUGAACUGGAGUAUCUGCAGGCUUAUGAGAAUGUGUUGGAACGAUACAAAGAUGAACGGGACAAAGUGCAGAAAAAGACUUUCACAAAAUGGAUCAACAAACAUCUCAUUAAGGUACGAAAACACGUGAAUGAUCUGUAUGAAGAUUUAAGAGAUGGACAUAACCUGAUUUCUCUCUUGGAGGCUCUUUCUGGCGACACCCUGCCAAGGGAACGUGACAUACUGAAGACUUUACGGUUGCCCCGUGAGAAAGGGCGUAUGCGCUUCCACAGACUACAGAAUGUACAGAUUGCACUGGACUACUUGAAACGCCGCCAGGUGAAACUGGUGAAUAUAAGAAAUGAUGAUAUAACUGAUGGGAAUCCCAAGCUGACGUUGGGGUUGAUAUGGACCAUUAUUUUGCACUUUCAGAUCUCCGACAUCCAUGUUACCGGCGAGUCCGAGGAUAUGUCGGCAAAGGAGAGACUGUUACUGUGGUCACAGCAGAUGACUGAGGGCUAUACUGGAAUAAGAUGUGAAAACUUCACUUCAUGCUGGAGAGACGGCAGAUUGUUCAACGCGAUCAUUCAUAAAUACAGGCCGGACCUGAUAGAUAUGAGCCAAGUAACUGUUCAAAGUAACCUCUCAAAUCUGGAACAUGCAUUUGGUGUAGCUGAGAAACUUGGUGUUACCAGACUCUUAGACCCAGAAGAUGUUAAUGUCCCAUCCCCUGAUGAGAAGUCUGUGAUCACUUACGUGUCUUCGCUCUAUGAUGUUUUUCCUAAGAUCCCCGAAGGUGGUGAGGGCAUCAGUGCGAACGAUGUUGAUGUGAAGUGGAUAGAAUACCAGAACAUGGUAAAUUACCUCGUCCAGUGGAUCAAGCACCACGUCACAGUCAUGUCAGACAGGAGCUUUUCAAACAACCCUGCAGAACUUAAGGCACUUUAUAACCAAUACAUACAGUUCAAAGACACAGAAAUCCCACCAAAGGAGAGAGACAAAGCAAAAAUCAAAUGUCUGUACAAAUUGAUGGAGGUGUGGAUAGAAUUUGGUCGUAUUAAACUUCCCCAAGGGUAUCAUCCGAAUGAUGUGGAGAAGGAGUGGGGCAAAUUAAUAAUCGCCAUGCUGGAAAGGGAGAAGCUACUGAGGCCUGAAGUGGAGAGACUUGAAAUGCUGCAGCAGAUUGCCACCAGAGUUCAACAUGACAGCAUAGCAUGUGAGGAUAAACUGACACUGGCUCACAAUUCACUGCAACUGGAUGCUAAACGGCUGGAUUCGGGACUUCAGUUUCAGAACGAGACGGAAAUUGCUGGGUAUCUCCUGGAGUCCGAGAAUUUGAUCCGCCAGCAGAUCAUUGACGUGCAGACUCUCAUCGAUGGAAAGUAUUACCAGGCAGACCAACUGGUUCAAAGAGUUGCCAAGCUUCGUGACGACCUGAUGUUGCUUAAGUCAGAGUGCUCGUCGGUGUACAGUCAGGGACGCUCCAUGUCGGCCGAGCAGACCAAGCUGAUGAUGGCGGGACUGACACAGAGUCUCAAUCAGAGCUUCUCCUCUGGCUUCUCCCGGAGCUUAACCCCCACCUUCAACUCCAGCUCCUCUCUGAGCCUGACCCCCAGCCUGACUCGCUCUUUCGCUCCAAUCCUGCCGCCUAGCCUCCCUGUCAGCCUCUCCUCCGGGUUAAAGCCCGUCAUGAUGCACGGCUUCAUUUCGGGGUUCGUCCCCGGUGUGGACCCCGACACACGGCAAACCAUCAAGCUCAUGCAGAUCAGGAAACCAAUGAUGAGAUCCCAGUUGGCCAACCAGUCACUGACAGAGGAUGAAAUCAACAUGAAGUUUGUUCAGGAUCUGCUGAGCUGGGUGGAGGAAAUGCAGGUGCAACUCGACCAAGCAGAAUGGGGGUCAGAUAUGCCGAGCGUGGAGAGCCAUUUAGAAAAUCACCGAAAUGUCCACAGAGCCAUCGAGGAGUUUGAAUCGAGCAUCAAAGAAGCUGAGUCAGCCGAGAAUCAGAUAACAUCCCCUCUUAAGAACGCUUAUUCUGAGAAGCUGAGAAUGCUUGAGAGCCACUACUCCAAACUCCUGACGACAUCCAGGCACCGUGCAACCCACCUAGAAAGCCUGAGAAGCUUCAUAUCCAGAGCGACCAAGGAGCUGAUCUGGCUAAACGAGAAGGAGGAAGAGGAAGUGGCUUACGACUGGAGUGACCGGAACUCCAGCAUGCUGAGGAAGAGAGAAUAUCACUCGGAACUGAUGAGAGAGCUGGAAGAUAAAGACAUGCUGAUGAGAUCAGUUCAGGACGAUGCAGAUCAACUUCUCCUGGAUCACCACCCUGCACGGCUAACCAUUGAGGCUUUCAAAGCUGCCAUGCAAACCCAGUGGAGCUGGGUGUUACAGCUUUGCCACUGUGUUGAGCAACAUCUGAGAGAAAACGCAGCAUAUUUCGAGUUUUACAACGAUGCCAAAGAAUCCCUGGAUUACUUGAAGAACCUACAAGAGACAAUAAAGAGAAAGUACAGCUGUGACAAGACCAGUAGCCUAGUCCGCUUGGAGGACCUACUGCAGGAUUCCAUGGAUGAGAAGGAGCAGCUUCUCCAGUACAGGAGCAACGUGGCGGGUCUCAUGAGCCGGGCGAAGGCCGUUGUCCAGCUCAAACCCAGGAACCCUGACAACCCGCUGCGGAUUUCUAUCCCCAUCAAAGCCAUCUGUGACUACAAACAAAUCGAGAUAACAAUCUACAAGGAAGACGAAUGUGUCUUAGAGAACAACUCACACCGUGCCAAGUGGAAGGUCGUCAGCCCCACUGGCAAUGAGGCCAUGGUUCCUUCAGUCUGCUUUACAAUCCCACCACCAAACAAGGAAGCAAUUGAGAGAACGAGCAGAAUUGAGCAGCUCUAUCAAAACGUGCUGGCCCUGUGGCACCAGUCACACAUAGACAUGAAGAGCAUCAUCUCCUGGCACCUCCUGAUGACAGAGAUUUCAACCAUUCGUGCCUGGAAUGCCUCCUCAAUAAAGACCAUGCUUCCCGGAGAACACCAGCAAGUGCUCGGCAAUCUCCAGGACCACUAUGACACCUUUUUGGAAGAUAGCCAGGAGUCAGAUGCCUUCACCAUCACUGACAGAACCCAGCUGGAACGAGAGGUGAACUUCUGCAAGCAAUAUUACGAAGAUCUGCUGAAGUCAGCGGAAAGAGAGGAGCAGGAGGAAUCCGCCUGUAACCUGUUCAUCUCGGAGGUGCGGAACAUCAGGCUGAGGGUGGAGAACUGUGAGGAGCGACUGAUCCGGCAGAUCCGCACACCCCUGGAACGCGACGAUUUGCAGGAGAGCGUCCAAAGAAUUUCCGAGCAGGAGAAACUGAAGAGCGAGCUGGAGGAGCUGAUAGUGGACUUAGAAAAGGUGACUGAAAAGUGUGAUCAAUUCUUCGGACAAACCUGUUCCUCCUCAUCACCAACCCUCCGUACUGAGCUCAACGUUGUGCUCCAGAACCUGAACCAGGUUUAUUCACUGUCCUCGAUCCAUCUGGACAAGUUAAAGACUGUGAAUCUGAUUGUGAAAAAUACCCAGGGAGCGGAGGCUCUGGUGAAACUGUACGAGACUAAACUGGGCGAGGAGGAGGCUGUGCCACCUGACACUGAGGCCAUUGAGUUCCUCCAAAACACACUGAAGCAAUGGCGCUCCGAAGUGGAUGAGAGAAGGGAAGUGUUCCACACCCUGGAGGACGAGCUGCAGAAGGGGAAGGCCAUCAGCGAGCGCAUGCUGAGGGUGCACAACGAACGGGACAUGGACGUGGACUGGCACAAGGAGAAGGCCGUCCAGUUAGCCGAGAGAUGGGAGAAUGUUCGGUGCCAGAUUGAUAACCGGCUGCACGAUCUGGACAGCAUCAGCAUGUCUCUGAACAGCUACAGAGAAUGUUACAAGGAGCUCGACCUUUGGAUCCAAGAGAUGGAAAUCACUCAACAGAAAAUGCAAGAGAGUCAGCCCGAGGACAUCCGAGCCCUGGCCGAAGAGCUGAACCAACAAAAGACGCUGGCUUCCGAGGUCGAGAUGAAACAGCAGAAAAUGGACACGUGUCAGAAAUAUUCCGAGCAAUAUUCAUCUACCGUAAAGGAAUAUGAGCUUCACCUGAUGACGUACAAAGCCAUGGUUGACUCACAGCAGAAAUCCCCGGUCAAGCGACGUAGAAUGCAGAGUUCCUCCGAUGUGAUAAUCCAAGAGUUUAUGGAUCUUCGCACCCGCUACACUGCCCUGGUGACUCUCAUGACGCAAUAUGUCAAGUUUGCCAGCGACGCUUUGAAGAGAUCCGAAGAGGAGGAGAAAUCGAUGGAAGAGGAAAAGCAAGAGCACGUAGAGAAAGUUGGUGAAUUGUUGAAGUGGAUGUCUGACAAGAGCAAGAGCUUAGCAAAGAAACGUCUAGAAGCACAGACAGAUGAACCCUGUGAAGCGGAGAGGUCGCUGGCUGAGAAACGGGUGCUCAGCAUGGAAUUGUCAAACAAGAAGGACCAAGUCGCUGAUGCUGUCCACAGUGUACAGAUGUUCCUGGUUAAACACAGUGAUAAGAUAUCAGAAGAGGAUCGACGACACACGGAGCAACAGCUCGGGUCUCUGCAGGAGUCGUAUGAUCAGUUAUGUGAGGAGUCCUCAGAUCUGCUUCAACAAUCGCAGACUGCACUGGCUGAAGAGGCAGUGCAGAAGGCUUUUGAAGAGCAGCAGCAAGAAUGCAAUGAACAACUGCAAAAAAUGUCCAAUUGGCUGAAACAGACGGAGAACAGGAUAAUGGGCUACGCCGUGGGUUCAGUUGCAACUGAUAACUUGGGUCACCUGCAGCAGUAUCAGGCAGAGGGACGGGCUUUACAAAAAGAAAUUCAGGCCAAUGCAGCAACUUUAGCAAAUGUAAUCAAGGUGACUGAGCGCUUCCUGGAGGAGAGCGGGGUCAAACUGCAACCCGAACAAAGAGCAGAGAUUGAAAAGAAACUCGAAGAAGCGAAAUCAAAGUUCAGCCUGUUGAGCGAGCAAACUGAGUCCAACCUCAAGGAGCUGGAGAAGGCUGUAACAGCUGCUGUCAAACAGGAGACGGAAAAGGUUGCAGCGGUGGAACAGUUAGAGGAAAACAAGAGCAAAAUCGAAGGACUCCUGGGUUGGUUGUCCGACAUAGGGAAGGAGCAGUUGGCUGAACACAACGGGAAAAAAGCCCUGCAGCAAAAUGGCAACGAGAUCCCUGCAGGUGGAUUGGGAAAGCUGGAAAAUGAGGAUUCAAUGAAUGGAAACAUGCCUCAUGACCAGACGGAGACGGGGAGAGAUGAAGUGGAUCAGCCAACGACUGAUGGAAAUUUGACCCAACAAUAUCAAAAAGCCAAGGCUCGACAUCAAAAGGUACUGUCACGUCAGCAGUCCUACAUCAUAUCCACACAGUCAGUCCAGGAUUUCCUCAACAAGAAGGGACACAACAUGCUGCCUGCCGAGCGGGAGAGAUUGGAGAGGAACUUGAGUGAGUUGAAGGUUCAGUACGAGGCCGCACUGACCCAUUCUGAGCGUCGUGUCAGACUGAUCCAGACCGUGCAGGACGAGCUGCAGAAAUUUUCGGCCGAUCACGGCGAGUUCGAAAACUGGCUCCAUCAAUCGGAGUCGGAGUUGGGGGAGCUGCAGUGCCCCGCCCCCGACCUGGACACCCUCAGCGGCAAGCUGCAGAGGCAGAAAAGCUUCUCCGAGGAUGUCAUCUCCCACAAGGGCGACUUACGCUACAUCACCAUUUCAGGCCAACGCGUUCUGGACGCCGCCAAGUCCUGCAGCAGGUCGGACCACGGCAAAGAAACCAAAGAUGAUGUGUCUGCUGCCUGCCUGGCAGUGCAGAGCAAACUGAAAGUGUCCAGCGAGCGCUUUAAGUCUCUGCACUCCAAGUGCAAUCUGUUGGGUAAAAAUCUGAAGGAUGUGGUGGAGCAAUACAGCCAUUACCAGGAUAUCUCCUCUGGGCUGUUGCCUUGGCUUCAAACCUCCGAGGACGCUGCAGAGAAGAACUUGACUGAGCCCAUUGCCGCUGACCCUCAAAACCUGCAGAAACAACUGGAGGAAGCAAAGACUCUACAGGUGCAAAUAUCUGGCCAUCAGACUGCUGUGGAGAAGCUGAGAAAAGCUGUUGAUGCCCUUAUGGCUACCGAUGGUGAUCUCCUACUGAAUCGCAUGGAGAUUCACGAUAAUGUGGACGACGUGGUCCAGCGGUACGACAACUUAUCCAAGUCAGUGAACGACCGCAAUGAGAGGCUGCAGAUGACACUAACGCGCUCCCUGAGUGUUCAGGACGGGCUGGAUGAAAUGCUCGACUGGAUGGCCAGUGUUGAGAAGAGCCUUGAGGACCAGCAGGUGGUGCCAUUGAAUUCUGCUGCGAUUCAAGAGGCGCUCAGUAAAAAUGCCGCCCUGGAACAAAGCAUUAGCAGCCGCCAAACCAGCAUCAGUGCCAUCAAAGAGAAGGUCAACUGCUUCAUUGAGACCGCGGAUCCAUCCACCGCCUCUGCUCUCCAGGCUAAGAUGGAGCAACUCACCAAGCGCUUCACGGCAGCCAGUGACAGGCACAGAGCCAGGACAGAAACGCUGGAAAAACUUGGGUCGAAGGUGGAGCUAUUUGAGACGACUUGCAAAAAGCUGGAGCAGUUUGUGGCCAAGAAAUCUCAGGCUGUCACCGAAGUGGAUGGGAUGGGGAAAGAGCUGACACAGUACAUGCAGGAAAUGAACGCUGAGCUGUUGGAUCAGAGUAGAGAUCUACAAGUAUUAAACAACUUGGCCGAGGAGUUGGGAGCCUGCGGUACAGCUGAGGAUCAGGCAGAAGUCCUAGAAAAAGUCAACGUUCUGUCUAAGAACUUUAAAGAACUAAAAGAGGCCACCAAGAAAAAAGAGGAAAAGAUAUUCUCCUGUCAGACACAGAUGGAUGAUUUUAAAGCCUUAUUGACAUCCGUCAGAAAAUGGAUGGAUGUGAUGACUGAGAAGAUUCCAGCUAUGGACCCAAAUCUCACCACAGAAACUCUUCAGGGACAUCUGUCAAAUGUUCAGGGCAUGCUCGAAGAAUGGUCGUCAAAAGCUUCCGAGGUUGAAGAGGUUACUCGCAAAGGCUCUGAAUUAAGUAACCUGAUUAACGCAUUGUCUUCACCGGCUAAGUCAAGGGCAGAAGUAAAAUCAGGAACACAGGUGAUGAAUGGUGGAGGAACUGUCUCUAGUGUCUACAGCUCUAAAGAGCUGAUGGCUAUCCAGCAGGACACCACGGAUGUGAACCACCAAUACGAGGAGGUGGGAGGAAGCCUGAGACAGAUGGAGAGUCAGCUACAGUCCACACUGACACAGAUACAGCAGGUCCGAGAGGAGACUGAGACCCUCGAGAAAUGGCUGGAUAACAUGGGCAAGACAGCGGCCGCCUGGGAUACUUUGCCAACUGAGACUGAGGCUAUAAAGCAACAGGUUGAGCAGCAAAAGGCAUUUGAAGCAGAGUUGAAAGAGAAGACUGGGAAAAUGGAGCAGCUGAAGGAGAAGCUGACACAUUUGCUGCAGAAGACCCCAGACUCACCCGAAGCAGCAAAAUGGAAGCAGAUGUUGGAUUGCAUAAAUUCGAAGUGGAAAGGGGUCAGCCAGUCAGCGGCAGAUCGGCAGCAGAAGCUGGAAGAGUCGUCCAGUUUCCUCACUCAGUUUCAAGCCACCGAGGCCCAGCUUAACCAGUGGCUCCUGGAAAAGGAACUCAUGAUGAAUGUACUCGGCCCACUCUCCAUUGACCCCAACAUGCUGAAUACUCAAAAGCAACAAGUGCAGAUCCUGCUCAAAGAAUUUGACACUCGGAAGACCCAGCAUGAGCAGUUGAAGCGGGCAGCAGAGGGCAUCUUGAAUAGACCCGGUGAGAUGCCUCCAGCGUGCAGUGUGGUCAGCGACCAGCUGGCCAGUGUGACACGGAAAUGGGACAACCUGACAGGACAGCUGGUCAGUAGAUCGGACCGUAUCGACCAGGCCAUAGUCAAGAGCACCGAGUACCAAGGUCUGGUUCGGGAUCUCUCGAGCAAGCUGAGCAGCCUGGAGGGCAGGCUGGCAAGUCAGGCUCCUCUGAGCGCCCAGCCUGAAGCUGUGAAGCAGCAGCUCGAGGUGGCCAGCGAGAUCCGUUCAGAGCUGGAGCGAGAAGAGAAACACAUGCAGCAGGCGCAGGGCCUGAGCGAGGAGCUCUCGGAAUUGGUGGGUGAGCAGUACCUGAAGGCCGAGCUCAGCAGGCAGUUGGACAACGUCCUGAAACCGUUCAGAGACCUUCAGGAAAGAGCAGGAAAUCGUGUCCAUCAACUUCAGUUCGCUCUGGUCAGCUCCCAGCAGUUCCAGCAAAUGUUUGAUGACUUUCAGGCCUGGCUGGCUGGAAAGUGCACCGAACAUGGCCAGAUGCCUCCAGUAUCUGCUAAACAUGACAAGCUGAAGGCACUGAUUGAGGAGCAGACGGAAUUUCAGAAGUCUUUGGUGCAGCAAGCUGGCUCGUACGAGAUGAUCAUCGCAGAAGGGGAGUCGCUCUUGCAGAAUACCCAGCCGGGGCCAGAGAAAACAGCUCUGCAGGGUCAGCUUGCCACGCUCAAAACUAACUGGGAGGAACUGUCCAAACAGGCGGAGGACAGGCAGGAGAAGCUGAAGCACAGUUCACAGAAGGCCCAGAAGUACAGAGAAUGUGUAGAAAACCUGCUGCCCUGGAUUGAGGAAUGCGAAGCGAAGGUUUCUCAGAUACAGGUGGGCAGUGACGCCAGGCAAAUCGAGCUCUCGUUGGAGAAUGUCAAGGCUUUGCAGAGCGACGUAGAUCAGCACAGAAGGACGCUCGAGGCAUUCAAUGUCGCCGCCGACGGCCUGGUCGAGAGCAGCCAGGCCGACGUGGAGGAGGUCAGGGGCCAGAAGACUUCGGUCAACAGGAAGGUGGAGCGGCUGAGCGAGCAUCUCCGGCUCGGGAAGGAGCGCGCGCAAGAGAUGGGGAAACGAGUCAAGGACCUCCAGGGCUCUCUCCAGGAGACCAAGAAGCAGCUGAACGGAGCCAGGCAGCAGCUCGUGCUCCACGAUGCACUGGGGCCGCAGGCUCUGAGCAGCAAACACCUGAGCAACAUGAACGCUCAACGCAGGACACUUCAGGCUUUGCGAUCGCAAGUGGAUAACGUGCGGAGCCUGGCUCGGGGACUGGCAGCCGAGGUGCCGGACGGAUCGGGCACCUCCGAGCUCCUGCAGAUGACGGAGUCGCUGCAGCAGGAUUACAGCUCGGUCACCCAGCAGCUGCAGGAGAGGUGCUCGUUCCUGGAGAAAAAGCUCCAGGGAAUCAGCCGGUUCCAAAACAACAUCCGGGAGAUGUUCUCUCUCUUCGCCGACCUGGACGAUGAGCUCGACAGCAUGGCUCCCGUGGGAAGGGACCUGCAGUGCCUGAGCUCGCAGAAGGAGGGCAUCAGUGAGUUCAUCCUCAAGCUUCAGGGGCUGAUGAGUGACAUUGAGCGCGCAAGUGUGGAAAGCAAGCAGAUGUUGGAGUCGGCCAGCUCUCCCGAUCUACUGGGCCUGAAGCGAGACCUGGACGCUUUGAGGAAGCAGUGCAACAAGCUGCUGGACAGAGCGACGGUCAGGCAGGAGCAGGUGGAAAGCACGCUCGCCCGCGUGCAGGAAUUCUGCGCUAAGAUCAAAAACCUCGGAGAGCUGCUCACCAUCGCCGAGAAUCACGAGGAGCAACAGGGCUGCGUCGGCAUGGAAACCGAUGUCAUCAACCAGCAGGUGGAAUCAUUCAAGGUAUUUCAGAAGGAAGAGAUUGAUCCACUACAGGCUAAAUUCCAGGAGGUCAACUGGCUGGGUCAAGGCCUGAUUCAGAGCGUCGCUAAAAAUACAAACAUCCAGAAUCUGGAACACGAUCUCGAAGAAUCAAACACACGAUGGAAUACUCUUACAAAGAAGGUAGCGGAACGAGCCGCCCAGCUACAAGAAGCCUUGCUCCAUUGUGGGAGAUUCCAGGAUGCUCUGGAGUCCCUGCUCAGCUGGCUGAUGGACACGGAGGAGCUCGUAACCAAUCAAAAGCCACCUUCUGCGGAGUUCAAGGUCGUGAAGGCGCAGAUUCAGGAACAAAAGCUCCUUCAGCACCUGCUGGAUGAUCGCAAAUCAACUGUGGAAAUAAUUAAGCGAGAAGGGGAGAAGAUUGCUGAGUUAGCAGAUGCCGCAGACAAAGACAAGAUCCUGAAGCAGAUAAACGGCCUGAGUCGUAGGUGGAAUGCGUUGCUGACUAAAGCUGACACCAGACACCGACAGCUAGAGGGAACGUUGGUGGUGGCACAGCAGUUCCACGAUACAGUGGAACCUCUGAAUGAAUGGCUGACUGCCACGGAGAAGAAAGUAGCAAACUCCGAGCCCAUCGGGACCCAGACAGGCAAGCUCCAGCAGCAGAUUACCCAACACAAAGCCUUAGAGGAUGACAUCAUCAGUCACAAUAAGCAGUUGCACCAAGCUAUUAGUGUUGGGCAGUCCUUAAAGACUAUGAGUUCCAGGGAUGAUAAGGACUUGGUACAGGAGAAGUUGGACACUGCUCAGACUCGAUACAUAGAGCUGCAGGAAAGGUGCGGUCGAAAAGCUGCCCUGAUCCAGCAGGCUCUCUCCAAUGCCCGGAUCUUUGGGGAGGAGGAAGUUGAGCUUCUAAACUGGCUGGCCGAAGUACAUGACAAACUCAACAAUGUGUCCGUUCAAGACUAUGACCCCGAUGUGCUUCAGAAACAGCUUUCCGAGCAUCUGGCUCUUCAUGAAGACAUUGUGGUUAGAAAACAGCACGUUGAUCAGGCUGUUAAAAAUGGACUGGCCCUGCUUAAACAGACAACAGGGGAUGAGGUUAUAAUAAUUCAGGAGAGGUUGGACGAGAUCAAAGCUCGCUACGCAGAGAUUACCACCACGAGCGGCAAGGUGCUGAAAACGUUAGAACAGGCCCUGCAGCUGGCCACCAAGUUCAAGUCUGCUCAUGAGGUGCUGGCUGCCUGGCUUGAGCAGGUGGAGGCCGAGCUAGCCACAUAUACGUCUGUGGUCCUGGUUGGGGAGCAGAGAGCACAAGCCCAUCAAAGGCACAAGGAGCUGAAAGAAGAGGUGAUGGAACACCGGCUGAGCCUCGACACGGUCAAUGAGGUCAGCAGUGCCCUGUUGGAGCUGGUACCUUGGAGAGCUCGGGAAGGACUAGAUAAACUGGUAUCCGAUGACAACGAGCGGUACAGACUGGCAAGCGACACGGUCGGGCAAAAGGUGGAAGAGAUCGAUGCUGCUAUACAGAGAUCACAGCAGUUCGAUCAAGCUGCGGAUGCAGAGAUCGCCUGGAUCAUAAAGACUGAGAAAAAGCUCAAAUCAUUCGGUGACAUCAGGCUUGAGCAAGAUCAGACCACAGGGGAGCUGCAAAUUCAGAAGGCAUUUUCGAUGGACAUUUUGCGACACAAAGACACCAUUGAUGAACUUGUUGCGAAUGGAGAUACAAUCAUGAACUCCUGCAGUGAAGAGGAGAAAGAGUCUUUAAAGGGCAAGCUUGAAGUUCUUCAGAAGCAGUACGAGGUGAUCAGCCAGAUGAACUCCGAGAGGUAUCUGCAGCUGGAGCGAGCUCAGUCUCUAGUCAGCCAGUUUUGGGAGACCUACGAGGAGCUCUGGCCUUGGCUUCAGGAGACACUGACAUUCAUAUCCCAGUUACCGACUCCAGCCAUCGAGUUUGAAACUUUAAAGCAACAGCAGGAAGAGCUCCGGCAACUGCGGGAGCUGAUAGCUGAACACAAGCCGCACAUAGAUAAGAUGAAUAAAACCGGCCCCCAGCUCCUGGAGUUGAGCCCCAGAGAAGGCCUCGCCAUUCAGAGCAAGUACACGGCAGCCGAUAAACUCUACAGUCAAAUCAAAGAAGACGUCAAACAAAGAGCCGUCUCACUGGACGAGGCCAUUUCUCAAUCCACCCAGUUCCACGACAAGAUUGAUCCAAUGCUUGAGUCUCUGGAGCGGAUUGUAGAGCGCCUGCGGCAGCCGCCCCCUGUCUCAGCCGAGGUGGAGAAGAUCAAGGAGCAGAUCAAUGAGAACAAGAAUGUGUCUGUGGAGUUAGAGAAGCUGCAGCCGGCGUUCGAAACCCUCAAGCGGCGAGGAGAGGAGCUGAUCGGCCGGUCCGACGGUGCUGACAAGGACAUCUGUGCAAAAGCUGUUCAAGAUCAAUUGGACAAAAUGAUCUUCUAUUGGGAUGACAUCAAGACUCGGGCGGAGGAGAGGGAGGCGAAGCUGCUGGAUGUGAUGGACAUGGCUGAAAAGUUCUGGUGUGAUCACUCGGCCCUUAUAGUCACCAUCAAGGACUCCCAGGACCUGAUCCGAGAGCUGGAGGAGCCAGGGAUUGACCCCUCUGUCGUCAAGGAGCAACAAGAGUCUUUGGAGGCCAUCAAGGAAGAAGUGGACGGACUUCAAGAGGAGCUGGAAAUCGUGCAGAACCUGGGAGCUGAGCUCACCGUUGCUUGUGGGGAACCCGACAAGCCUAUAGUGAGGAAGAACAUUGAUGAGCUCAGCGCUACCUGGGAUAACCUGAACAAGGCGUGGAAGGAUCGUAUUGAUAGGCUCAAUGAAGCAAUGCUGGAUGCAGUUCAGUUCCAAGAUGCACUCCAGGCCAUGUUUGACUGGAUCGACAUUGCGGAAACAAAAUUGAACAAAAUGUCUCCAGUCGGCACGGAUCUGGAGACUGUGAAGCUGCAAAUUCAUGAGCUAAAGCACUUUAAGACAGAGGCGUACCAGCAGCAGAUAGAGAUGGAACGCUUGAAUCACCAGGGAGAGCUGCUGCUGAAGAAAGUGACUGAGGAGGAAGACAAGUGCGUGGUGCAGGAACCUCUCCACGAGCUGAAGCAUUUCUGGGAAAAUCUGGAUGAGAAAAUUGUUAACAGACAGCAUAAACUGGAGGGUGCCCUGUUGGCUCUGGGACAGUUCCAGCACGCCCUGGAUGAGCUGUUGGCAUGGCUGACACACACGGAGGAGCUAUUAAACGAACAGAAAGCUGUUGGGGGAGAUCCUAAAGCUAUUGAAAUCGGAAUCGCCAAACAUCAUGUGUUGAAAAACGAUGUGCUCGCCCACACGUCCACAGUGGAGGCUGUGAACAAAGCUGGAAAUGAUCUGAUCGAAUCAAAUGCUGGGGAGGAAGCCAGCAGCCUGCGGAGCAAGCUGGACAGCCUGAACCAGCGCUGGAAGAGUGUACUGGAACAAACCGUCCAGCGGCAGCAGCAGCUUCGCAAAGCUCUUAUCGAGGCGCAAGGUUUCCACAAUGAGAUUGAAGAUAUGCAGCAUUGGCUGACAGAAACAGAACGCCAUCUCACAGCAUCCAAGCCUGUUGGGGGUUUGCCAGAAACAGCCCGAGAGCAGGUUAAUGCCCAUGUGGAGUUAUGUGCCGCAUUUAAAACCAAAGAAGAAAUCUACACCAACCUGAUAGACAAGGGACGUCUCUCCUGUGAAGAGAUUGCUGACAGCAGUGUGGAGCAGGACAUGAACCAUUUGAAGGAACGAUGGGAAUCGGUCGAAGCUAAACUCAAUGAACGAAAGGUCAAACUGGAAGAGGCCCUCAAUCUGGCCAUGGAGUUCCACAAUUCCCUUCAGGACUUCAUCAACUGGCUGACGCAAGCGGAGCAAACUUUGACGUUAGCCUCCCCACCGAGUCUCAUUAUGGACACAGUUCUGUUCCAGGUUGACGAGCACAAGGUGUUUGCCAAUGAGGUCAAUUCACACCGUGAGCAAAUCAUUGAAUUGGACAAGACUGGAACCCACCUGAAGUACUUCAGUCAGAAGCAGGAUGUGGUGCUCAUUAAGAACCUGCUGAUCAGUGUCCAGAACCGAUGGGAGAAGGUGGUGCAGAGAUCUGUCGAUCGAGGAAGAGCGUUGGAUGAUGCAAGGAAACGUGCUAAACAGUUCCAAGAAGCCUGGAAGAAAUUGAUGGAAUGGUUGGAAGAUUCAGAGAGGAACCUGGAUUCGGACCUUGAAAUUGCCAAUGAUCCAGACAAAGUAAAGAUGCAGCUUUCACAUCACAAGGAGUUUCAGAAAGCUCUGGGAGCCAAACAUUCUGUGUACGACACCACAAUAAGGACUGGGCGCUCUUUGAAAGAGAAGAGCACUCUGGCCGAUGAUCACCAGAAGCUGGACGACAUGCUGAGUGAGCUGAGGGAUAAGUGGGACACCGUGUGUGGAAAGUCAGUGGAAAGGCAGAACAAAUUGGAGGAAGCGCUGCUGUUUUCUGGCCAGUUUACAGAUGCCCUACAAGCUCUGAUUGACUGGCUGUACAAGAUUGAGCCCAUGCUGGCCGAGGACCAGCCUGUUCACGGGGACCUGGACCUGGUGAUGAACCUGAUUGAUGCGCACAAGGUCUUCCAGAAGGAGCUGGGCAAGCGAACGAGCAGCGUGCAGGCUCUGAAACGCUCUGCCCGUGAGCUGGCUGAGUCUAGCCGUGAUGAUUCCUCCUGGGUCAAAGUGCAAAUGCAGGAGCUCAGCACUCGCUGGGAAACGGUGUGUGCUCUGUCAGUAUCCAAACAAGUCCGGCUGGAGCAGGCGUUAAAUCAGUCUGAGGAGUUCCGCACUGCGGUGCAUGUGCUGCUGGAGUGGCUGGCCGAGGCUGAACAGGCUCUUCGUUUCCACGGCAUUCUCCCAGAGGAUGAUGAGGCUCUGCGUGCGCUCAUAGAUCAGCACAAGGAGUUUGUGAGGAAACUGGAAGAGAAUAGGAUGGGGCUAAACGUGGCUGUGGGAAUGGGCGAAGCUAUCCUAGCAAUCUGCCACCCAGACUCCAUCACCACCAUCAAACACUGGAUCACAAUAAUCCGAGCCAGGUUUGAAGAGGUGACUGCUUGGGCCAAACAGCAUCAGCUGCGACUGGAAGCGGCUCUUGCGGGGGUUAUUGCUAACCAGGAGCUGCUGGAGAACCUGCUGGGUUGGCUGCAGUGGGCAGAGACCAUACUGACCAAGCGAGACCAAGAGCCUAUCCCACAGGAGAUCGACGAAGUCAAAGCACUGAUUGCUGAGCACCAGAAUUUCAUGGAAGAAAUGACCAGGAAGCAGCCGGACGUGGAUAAAGUAACCAAAACAUACAAGAGGAAAGCUGCAGAACCAACCAAGAUAUCAUCUCACAUUCCUGUCGUAGACAAGGGGCGCUCGAGGAAACGCUCCCCGAUGCAGGCCAUGUAUUCCCCCACGGGGCAGACGAUCGAGAGCAAGAACCCACGGGCCAACCUCCUGGUCAGCAAGUGGCAGCAGGUGUGGCUCCUGGCUCUGGACCGACGGCGGAAGCUCAAUGAUGCCCUUGACAGGUUGGAGGAGCUGAGAGAGUUUGCGAACUUCGACUUUGACGUGUGGAGGAAGAGGUACAUGCGCUGGAUGAACCACAAGAAGUCUCGGGUGAUGGACUUCUUCAGACGCAUCGACAAAGACCAGGACGGAAAAAUAACCAGACAGGAAUUCAUUGAUGGGAUUCUCUCCUCCAAGUUUCCGACCAGCCGGUUAGAGAUGAGCGCGGUGGCUGACAUCUUUGACCGAGACGGAGACGGCUACAUCGAUUAUUAUGAGUUUGUAGCGGCACUUCAUCCAAACAAAGACGCCUACAAGCCUCUGACUGACGCCGACAAAAUAGAGGAUGAGGUGACUCGGCAAGUCGCCAAAUGUAAGUGUGCAAAGCGGUUUCAAGUGGAGCAGAUUGGAGACAACAAAUACAGGUUCUUCCUAGGAAAUCAGUUCGGCGACUCUCAGCAACUACGCCUUGUCCGGAUCCUGCGUAGCACAGUAAUGGUUCGGGUGGGGGGCGGCUGGAUGGCGUUGGACGAGUUCCUGGUGAAAAACGAUCCCUGCCGAGUUCAUCAUCACGGGACUAAAAUGUUGCGUUCAGAAUCAAACUCUUCAAUUACCAGUCAGUCUCCUAUAGUAAUACCCACUGCAACCAAAGGACGGACGAACGUGGAACUGCGUGAGAAGUUCAUGGUUCCCGAAGGCACCACCUGUCAGUCCGUCGCUGCCUUCCGGCCACGAGGUCGCAGGUCACGGCCGUCUUCCAGGGCUGCUUCUCCCAACAGGUCAACCUCCAGUGCCACUCAGAGUGUCUCCGUGCCACCAAACACUGCCAACACUCCUCUCAAGACACCCCAACACAUAAUCCGCAAUUAUGAUAAACCAUGGUUGACAAACAGCAAAACAUCAACUCCCGUUAAGUCACCAGACUCCCCCGAAUGCCGGGUACCAUCUCCAGAGGUAACUCCGAUACAGGGUAGUAAAUUGCGUCCUCCUGGAUAUCUAUCGGGGAAAAGCUUCCACUCUGGAGAGGAGAGUAGUGCAGUGUCUGUGCCACCUUCCAGAGGAAGAUCACAAGCAACUGAUGCGCGUAAAGCGUCGAGCCGGCCCGCGAGCCGAGCGGGCAGUAAGACCGGCAGCCGUGCCAGCAGCCGGCGGGGAAGCGACGCCUCCGACUUCGACAUCUCGGACAUCCAGUCCGUGUGCUCGGACGCUUCAGAAACAGUGCCAGAUGGGGCUACCAGGUCGGGAUCGCGGGCUGGAUCUCGAGCCUCCUCGGGAAGAGCCUCCAAAAUCCCCACCCCAUCCAAGCGCUCCCCAGCGCCCAGCAAGCUGAGCUCCUCCUCGAAAAGAUAGUGGAACCUGCCGGGCGGACAGACAGACAGACUAACUGAUGGACAGACGGAUGGAUUGGCCACGCUGAGCAACCGUUCAACAAGCGCAGUCCCUGGGAUGUAAAAUAUUCUGUAGAAUUUGUUGUGAAAUAUUGCCUAAGGUGGACUCUUGAUGCUGCAGAUGGCCUUAUUUGUGUAUUUGUCCUGUAAAGGUUAUGUUUAUGUGAAUAAUUUUUUUUCGGUUACUUUUUUUUGUCGUCGUUGUUGUCCUCGACGCUGUAUUUCUGCAGAGGGAGAGGGGAAACAAGCAAACAAACGAGCUUUUAAGAAAGGUUUAAGUCAUACUAACUUAUUUUUUUUUAACAAGGCAACGUGGGUUUUAGGUGACAAACUUGAUGCGGAAAGUUGUUUCUGAAUGUAAAAACGAACACAAAUCCAAUGAACUUGACUGUCCAGCAAAGCAGGUGCCCUGUGCAUUGUUUCCCAGGGGUUCUGAUUGCUUCACGCACAAUACAUCAAGAAAAACUUUACAACUUACACGACGUUAAAAAACGAAUCGUUCACGAUUGCUUCACGCCUGAUGCGCUCUCUCUCUCUCUUCCAUUUGAAAUCAACACUUAAAGCGAAUGUCUUGCGUCCGACGUUAAGAAAAGGGAAGUAUAAACGCGGA